AUGCGUGACCAAAUUGCUCUACUGGCCUUUGUCACUGUGUUGGCUGUUUUGGAACAAGCAUAUUUUUCCAUGCAGGUCAUCUGGGCACGCCGAAAGUACAACGUUUCUCCUCCGAGCACGUCAGGUCAUCCGAACUUUGAAAGGACCUUCAGAGCACAACUGAACUGCGCAGAAUAUUUUCCUAUUUUUCUCUCUAUUCUUUGGAUUGCUGGAUAUUUUUUCCAUGAAGGGACAGCUGCAGCUUGUGGUCUCUCUUACCUCUAUGCACGUUACAAGUACUUUCAUGGAUACACAGCAUCUGCAGUGGGAAGAUUGAGGCCUAUGUACGUCAGUGCGUCACUAAUCUGGAUUCUCAUUGGGCUGUCGCUCGUUGGACUGGUGGAAUAUUUUAUAUCUGCUUAUUUUGGUGUCCGUAUUAAAGAAUUCCUGGGCUGGAGACUUUUUUGAAAGCUUUAAAUUUAUUGGUAUUUACCUUUGUGGUAUAAUUCAUAGGAGAUGUGGUUUCUAUGCUCAAUUUGACACUGUUCAUAAUAAUCGUAAGUCACACAGAAAGAAAUAUCUUAUUCCUCGACUGUAAAACACAGUGCUGUAUACAGUAAUGUAGGUUGGUAUCGGCAAAAUCUUGGUUUUAUCUCGCUUUAUUCCGUUAAACGUCUUAUCUGCAGACUUGGCGGCUGCCAUUGUUGUCACCCAUAAUAUGUUGGGUGACCUUUCCUGCUCAAAUACCACACUGAGCUGAUACUUUAUGGUAGUGCUAAUGAAGUCUGUUCCUCAAGACUGGGCUAAAAUAACAGCUAGAAAACCUACAAAUAAAUUAUAUAAUCCUGCAGGAACAGGGCCCUUCAUUCCUCUUGUAUCUGUAUGUCAAUUGCUGUAUUGUACUUCUUGUUAUCUAACAUUUUCUUCUGUGUCAGCGCUUUAUAAAUAAAGUAUAAUAAUAAUAAUAAUAACAGUAAGA